UAUUGUUUUCCGUGGAGAAAUCGGGUCAGAAGCAGCUGAGCUAGCAAGUCGCAUCUGCGCACGCUCGAAGGCCUUUUGUUCGGCGCGAGCUUGGUCCUCCCCUCAGGACGCGUUAAACAACCGUGCGCAUGCUCAUGUUGCCUAACGGCAAGUUUCUUCUUUGAAGGCAUUUUAAAAAAAGGAAUGGAUUCAGACAAAGAAUUAUUGGAUAGAACGAUGAAGAAAGGAAACGUUCAGGACAAAAUUGAAAGGAAGAAGAAAUCUUUACAGAAAGAGAGUGCUAGAGAAGAGCAAACUGAAGGCAAUGAACAUGCAUAUAAACUCCAAAUAAAAGGAGCCAUAGAUCAAAAUCCAGAGAAAGAUAUAGUAGUUGUGACUGAUAUCGAAAAACAGAGGAUAUUAACUGAAACAUUACGGGACAGAGUAAGAGGGAAGUUUAAAGCUGUCAAGGCUGCACAAGAAGAUUCUUUUCCUGAGAAACAAGAUUCUCUUAAUGCAGAAUAUGAAGCCAAUUUUGAAAAUGAAGUCCCCUUAGAUGAAGGUUUUGAAUUUUUCACCUCCAGUUUUGAAGACCAUUCAAAGCUAAAAGAAACUGAGCAAACUGAUGACAUGAAAUCAAUAACUGAUACUGGUCAGAACAAUUAUGACUUAAAUGAACAAACUCCACUGCUCAAUCAUGUGGAACGUGUAUUGUUGCCGGAAUUGCUUGAAGUAAAGCCACCUGAAUAUGAAUGCAGAAAUUUUGACAAACACUUCAAUCAACUUUUUGUGCCAAGUACUUUCCCAGUUAUACGUAGCUCAAAAUUGCUGAACAAUAUGUUGCCACGACUCUUAGAAGAUGAAGGAUUUUAUAUUCCUAAAAAGCCUUAUAUUUCAAGGACCAUGUGCUACAAAAUGGAAAAUCGUCUUCUUCAGGAAAAGGGGGGAAAAGUUUGGUUUGAAGAAAGUGGGGAAAUAAUGUCAUUACCUUCUCCAAUCAAGCAAUCAAAUAGUUGCAGAGUAUCUUUUCCUGUCGAGAACAGCACACAAUUAAAGACAAUGUACAAGAAGGCAAUGCAGCGUGAACUAAAAAACUGUAUUAUAUCUGAGUCAGGAGAUCAAACUCAAAUUUAUCAACUAGAUCUUAAUAUAUCAAGUAUUGUCUUUAGUCACCAUUCUCUUUUCAAUUUGGAACAAGUGUUGGCUUCCAGAUUGUUUGAUGUUUAUGAAGGGUUCCAGAAAAGACAACAGCAAAAUGUUACUCGCUUGCUCUCUGAAAAACUCAAAGCAUUAAUAAGUGCCACAAAACUAGCAGAAAAGAAUUUCAGAACAAGUAAGCUGAGCACAAACACUCUAAAGGAUUACAGGACACAAAUAAGGAAUACAAAAAGAUUGUAUGACAAUGAAUGCCAGAGAGAUAAUUCUUUAGUACAGAGUAUGCUAAAGAUAUGGAAACAGAUAAAGUAUGUACGUAAACAGCAAGGAUUUAUCAGUACGUCUGUAAAACUUCAAUUUCGAAGAUUGACCUGUAACUCUGAACUGAAUGACUGUGAAGGCAGAAUAUCAGAAGAUGAUGAAAAAGUGGGAUUCAUGAGUUCAACCCCUGCUUUUCAAACAACAGAUUUUGGACAGAGAAAUGAAUUUCUAUUCAUACCACAUCUUACCUUUAUAACAGAAAUAACAGCAGCAAGCAUGUGCCCCAUGGAUGAACAAAGGAGAAGAGAAAAAGUCAAGUUGGAGAAAUACUUCAUUAAAAUAUAUUACAACAAUAAAUUAGUUUCCUCUACUUCAGAAGCUCCUCUCCACCAAGAUUUUAAAGUAAUAUUUCAGCAAGUUUUUAGAAUUCAAGUAUUAAACUGGCCUCAAUCUCUUGAAUUAGAGGUGUUUGAAUCAAGUAAAAGAACAACUUUGCUAGCCAGAGUGUACUUACCUAUUCCUAAUAAUGUUAUAUUGAAAGGCAAAGAUGUUUUAGAUGAAGUAGAUUUUAGCUGUGAACAACAAGUUAAGCCUUCAGAUGGGGCAGUGGGAAGCAAUAUACCUUUUUUUCUUGACCACUAUGAAACAGAAGAACUAUGUAUUCUAACAUCAGGAAAAAUAAUGUAUUCCUUAUCUUGGACAGUUGAUGACAGAGGAGUUCUGUUAGCCCCCACAUGUCAACCUGCACAUGUCUCCUAUACUAGUGUGCCAAGAAGUAUCUGUUCAGGAAAAGAAACUGGAAUUUGGUGGCAUUCUGAUAUACAGAAACUUAUUGCCUGGGCAGAAGAAGUCAAUAUUGAUCCAAAUGACCCUGAGUACUCAGAUUUGUUUGAAUUAAUUGUGUAUGCUAAAGCCGAAGAACAAAGAGAUUCAAAAUACUUUCGCCUUGAACAGCUGCAAGAACAAUUUAACUUUGUUACUCCAGAAGAGAUUAAAAAUUGUAAACGUUUCCAGCUGCUGCAGCUGAGAAGCUUAGGACAGUUAAAUUCCUGCUGUUUUCAGCAAAUUCCUCUCUAUGACAGAGAGAUACCAGACACAGUUUUUCAGGAAUAUGGAAGCCAAUUAGAAAAAGACAUAUUGAUGACAGAUUUGGAUCCUAUUUCUGCAGAAAGGAGUAGUUCUGCCAACUAUAUUAGGAUGAUGAGAAAGCAAGUUACACAACAAAUUGUGACUAUUAGGCACAAAUGUAGUUUAUCAGACAUUGUGAGUGAGUAUGAAGAAAUCAUAUCUAUGAGCCAGCUGAGUGAUGCAAUUUUCAAGCUAGGUGAACGCAAAAGACAUUUGAAACCACAAAGGAAAGAGCGGCGGAAGAUUCCAGGACAAACUGUCUCUGAUGGAGAUGUUAAACUUCUCAUCAGAAUAUUGAGAGCAUAUAAUAUACCUGCAAAAAAGGUGCCAGCAACUAAGCUUGCAGUCAUGCAUUCUGCAUCUUAUUUACCAGUUCGUAUGUCUCGAGGAAGACAUAUUUUCUCAGGAAACCUAAGUUAUACAGCGGAUCUUCUAAAUGAGGUUGUUGUCCAUCCUUUUGUAGAAGUUACUUUUCAAAACACUGUUUAUCAGACUACCACUGCAGAUGGUUCUCAUCCGUGCUGGAAUGAAGAACUUCAAGUUGACUUUAUCUGUCCAGGGCGUGAUUACACUUUCUCAGGUUUAUCUAAAAUAAAAGACAAGAUCAAUAUUAACAUUUUUGAUGAAUGCAUGAUUGAAAAGCAUGAGGAUGCUUGCCCAAAAAGCUGCAGUAGUCAUUCCUAUAUAAGGAAGAAUUGGCUUGGAUCAGUUACAUUUCCUUUCUCUGCUCUUCUGGAACAAUCAAAGAUCUGUGGGACAUUUCAAGUAAAUACACCACCAGUUUUACAUGGGUAUACAUGGAGUAAGACAUAUGUACCUCCCAAAGAAGAAUGUUAUGGGCAGGACUUGAAAGCGUAUACCUUUUUAACUAUCUUUGCUACUAUUGAACCACAGUUAUCUUCUGCUGAAAAUAAUUUAGAAUCAGAUAAGCUUGUAGAUCAUGAAGCUGAAACGCCAUUGCAGAGAGCAUACAUUUUUAAGCAAACUUGCAAAGCACUGUUUCCAAAGAGAAGACUACUAACCUCUGUUUUUAACUAUCAAGGAACUGAUAUUUUAGUAACAGAGUAUAUUAUGACUCUGAAUCCACCACAACAGUUGUUAGAUAUGUAUCCUGAUGACCUUAACUCCACUUCGGACCUCAUAUCACGGUUUGUAUCAUUAAUUCCUUGCAUAUCAGAUGCUGUGGAUGAAAAGGAUGAUAUUGAUGUAUGGAUGACAUCAGAGGACUGCAUCAAAAUGGGCAUUUGUAAUAAAGAAGAGCAUGCAGUGCUUCUGUGUAAUUAUUUUCUGUAUAUUAGGAAGAAAGCAUGGGUAUUGUUGGGAACAUCAGUCUUAGAAGGGAAAGUAGCUUAUGUAGCAACACUAGAAAAUGGAGAAUAUUUUCUAUGGAAUCCACUGACUGGUCAUUGCUACAGGCAAUUUGAUGCAUUUUGUCCCCUGCAAAGUAUUGAUUGCUUAAUCAGUAGGGAAAAUGUCUGGUUCAACAUACAGCAGAAUAAUUCACCCAUGUGUGUUAAUUUUGACAUUUCAAAGGAAUGCUUUUGGAGACAACUGCUUCCGUGCAGUGCUCUGCAUUUAAAAAACCAGACUAUACAGACAGAAGAAAUAGUUUAUGUCCCUACUGAUGAAGGCUCGUUAGAAGAACUGCAGAAUAGGAUUGAGAAGACAUUGAAAAAUAAAAUGAUGGAAUGGCGAUCUCAACAUCCAACUCGCUGGCAUCGACAAUGUACCAGUGUCUUGAGACAGAUUCUUCCAAAGCUAGAACUUAGAAAUGGACAUGUAUCUAAAGAAAAAGAAGAAAAUUAUUUGGAGACUUUUCAAGAACAUUACUGGGUUACAGGAUUUCCGAUCCAGAUGCCAUAUCUAGAUGUACAGUUGAUAACUGAGGCUGUGUAUCAGACAGGAAUUCAUUCUUCAGAGGUACCCAACACAGAAUUUGCUCUUGCUGUGUAUAUCCACCCUUACCCAAAUAACAUUCUAUCUGUCUGGAUCUACUUAGUAUCAUUAAUUCGUCAUCAGUAAGUAGCAAUAACCCAUAGAUCCCUUCAGGAAUCAGUUCCUUUAUGUAUCCAUAAAAUGAAAUGACUGCCUGGUAUGAUGUCUGGAUAUUUACUGUGAUCCCAAGAAAGAAGACUUGGUAAGGUAUUUCUGCAGAGCCAUGUCUUUAGUUUCAUGUUCUUUUGUGCAGUAUGUCUCUGAAAUGUACUUGAUAAAUAGUUUAUGGGAAGCAUGGAAAAAUACUUCAUUUUUCUUAGCUC